AUGCAGCAAGACGUGGAAACGGCGUCUGACGGCGCGUCGAGCGACUCCUCGCUCAGCGACUAUAUGGAGGUCUCUACGCCCUCGCCCACACCGCCAAAAUACCCCGACGCGCCAGAUGAUACUUGCGUUCCUGCAACUGCGAACAACGAGACCGACCAGGCCGACGAGACCUAUCAGACCAAUCAAACCGACGAGAUUGACCAGACCGAUCACGGUGGCGUGCCCGAGGCUAUCAUACACAACGAAACAAAGAAGCCACCGGUGCCGGCCUGGAUGACUGACCCUGCUGGGAGAGUGGAGAUCACGGUCGUUCCAAGUGUUGACAAGCCCCAUACAGAGGUGACGGUUGGUGUCCACUAUUGCACCCUCACACAUGUUGAACUCGUUGGAUUGAUGCAUAUGAAGCAACUCGACCUAGAUAGUCACGAGUACAGGAAAGAGGCAGCGCGUCUGGCUGAGCAGAGACGGUUUCAGAUCCAGCCGUUCCAUCCUGCUGUAGCACGCCGUCAACAACUACCCGGUUGUGAUCAUCUCUUGCAGUCGCAACCCGCUAGCUUACCUCUCGAUCCUGUGCGUGACGCGCUCAUCGCAAACGAUUCUGACAUACAGAAUGCGCAAGGCAUCCCUCAACGCAACGGAAACGGCGACGUCGAUGUGAAUGCUAGCACCCAGAACAAGCAACCGGCCCCUACUAACGACGCUGCCAAUACAGCCCAGACGACACAGGCUCCCCAAAGUUCUCAACGGAGCGACACCGUCUACGUCGUGCUUAUCCAGUACCAGCCCAUGGUGGAGUAUGGAGGAUCGCAGUUCGAGUUCGCCGUACAGGAUCAACGCCCAAAGACCGACGGGUUCUCCACCGUUGAACAUUACACGAAAGCCUUCCGACUCCAGGCCGACGCAAAGAACUACGCUCUCCACUUGUUCACACAGCGUGUCACUCUGGACUAUCGCUACAUCAUGCAGAAGGCCUGGGACGACCUGAGCCUCGAAGAGAUUCGUGCAUAUGGCGUCACUGAGGAUGGACCUUCACCGCACAUCCGCGGCUUCAGGAUGUCCUCGAUCGCCGAUCCGCACUACUGGCAAGUUCGCUUUGGCUGUGACGAGGAGUUCUGUCGCAUCUCUGUCAUCCCGGUCAAGUCGAGUGACUCAAAGUUGCAGAACAUGCCGUUCGUUGAGGCAGGACAGCCCCAUGGCUGUGUUCCGACCUCGCUGGAGCCGCCGAAGCGUCCUUCAAAGACGCGGGUCGAUGCGGAGAUGGCAGAUGGUGCGGAAGGUACCACAUCUACGGAGGCGACAUCCAACUUGGAGCAGUCGAUCCCUGCUGAUAAUGUCGUUUCUAUGGGGACCGUUCCUAGCGGAACCAUUCCUAUGGAGACCGUUUCUAUGGAGACUGGUCCUACUGAACCCCCUCUACUGAACAAGGGCUGA